AUGACAUCAAAGAAAAAGAGCAGUCAUACCAAGGAACGAUUACGUGCAACCAUCAAGAAAUUGAAAUUAAAGAAUAAAGUUAUCCAGCAAAAACUACGUCUUCAAAAGAAAGAAAAACAAAGGAACACCAUUAAAGAACCAGCAUAUAAAGAAGCUGAGACUGCAAUAGAAAUACAAGAGCAACCAAGUCCUGCAGUAGAAAAAGAAGAAAGAAAUGAAAUUGUUAAAACUAGCAUAGAAGAGAAAACUCAAAUGGAUGUUAAAAUUAUGAAGUCAACCACAUCUAAUGCUUCUCACAAUAUGGUUUCGAAAGCAACGAUGACAUCAAAGAAAAAGAACAGUCCUACCAAGGAACGAUUAUGUACAACCAUCAAGAAAUUGAAAUUAAAAAAUAAAAUUCUUCAGCAAAAACUGCGACGUCUUCAAAAGAAAGAAAAACAAAGGAACUCCACUAAAGAACCAGCAUAUAAAGAAGCUGAGGUACAAAAUAAAAAUUUUCAAACUUUAAAAGAAUUAGGAAAUAAGUUAUUACCCGAAAAAUUUAAUAUGUUAUUAUCUAUAUGCGACCGUUUUAAUGUCGGAAAAGCUACUGGUCUGCGCAUAGUUAGGCGUGUUAUAAAUGGUCUUGUUAGUCUUCGAGAGCAAUUUAUAACAUGGCCAACAGAAGACGAGGCAAUUGAAUCUAUUGCAGCAUUUCAGCGGCAAAGAGGGUUCCCAAAUGUUAUUGGAGCAAUAGAUGGAACCCACAUUGUAAUAGAUACUCCAAACAACCCUGAAGCAUACAUUAAUAGAAAGGGCACUCAUUCUAUUCAGUUACAGGUGGUUUGUAAGCAUAACUUACAAUUUAUUCAUUGUUUUGUCGGCUAUCCUGGAUCUGUACAUGACCAAAGGAUUUUUCGACUCUCAAAUAUACAAGGUUUUUUUAAUAACCCUUUAAAAUUUCCCAAUGAUAGUCAUGUAAUAGGAGAUGCAGCUUAUAAAAUUCAACAGCACUUGUUAGUACCAUUUAAACAUAAUGGACGAUUAACAGAAAAGCAACGAAAUUUUAACUAUUGCUUAUCUUCGACUCGAAUGGCAGUAGAACGUUCAAUUGGGCUGCUGAAAGGACGAUUUAGGAUAUUGCUAGACAAACUUCAUGUUAGACGAACUGACCUUAUUCCUAAUUAUAUAAUGGCGUGUUGUGUAUUGCACAAUUUAUGUAUAAUGAGAAAUGAUAUAAUUGAUGAUAUUCCGAUAUUUGUUGAAAACAAUGACAUACAAAAUGUAGGAAACGGAGAUGACGAUAUCAAUCGGGAAUUACAUGUUGAAGGUAUACGGAAAAGAGAACGAAUACAAAAUGCUCUCGAUAUUCAGCUACCGCUCAUUCGAUUAGUAUAACUGCUCAUUAUUAACUGUAUAUCGUUGUACUUAUAGAAAUUAGAUGUGAACGUAAAAUAAAAUGUAAAAUAAAAUACGUAUACAUUUCAAGCAAUAAUAAUAUUAUAUUUGUA